ACGCACCGCUCGUUCAACUAGUGGUUCCGCAAUUCCCGGCAGGACAUGAACGCAGCAUCUGGCCAGGGGCGGGUAGGCGCUAACUGUGCAGUAUGGCGGACGAUGGAGACAGUUCGAGCGGACCAGUUGACACAAGCGGCGGGCAGGGGGCAGCGGAUGAGUCGGACGGGCUCGGCCUCGGUGGGAUGUUGCUGAAUAUCAGUAUUUUGGUUCUUGUGGUGGCGGUCUGUCUGGCGGUAUACCGGCGGUGGGGCAGGCGGCUCGUCUGUGACGCGGCCCAGGGCGACGAGGCCUCGGCGCUUCCCAAGAUGAGGAGACGGGACUUCACUCUGGAGCAGUUGCGGGAGUAUGACGGACUCCAGAACCCUCGCAUCCUGAUGGCUGUCAACAUGAAAGUUUUCGAUGUGACUAGCGGCAAAAAGUUUUACGGAAAAGAUGGUCCUUACGGCAUUUUCGCGGGUCGGGAUGCUUCGAGAGGCCUGGCCACCUUCUGCCUGGAGAAAGACGCCCUGCGGGACGAGUACGACGACUUGUCAGACCUCAGCGCUGUACAGAUGGAGAGUGUGAGGGAGUGGGAGAUGCAGUUCAUGGAAAAAUACGAUUACGUCGGGAGGUUGCUGAAGCCCGGAGACGAGCCGUCGGAGUACACGGACGAGGAGGACAUCAAGGACCAUCUGAAACACGACUGAGCGGCUCCAUCACACCGACCAAAGCCUGGAGCCCCGAACAGCUGCGACAGACCGCCUCCCCCCAGACCUCCUCCUCCUCCUCCUCCUCCUCCUGCCCCAUCGCUCUACCAGCCGCUCCUUUCCCCCCAACUCCCCAAACUCUUCACGUCCUGAAUCUGUCCGGUGGCGUGGCUGUUCUGGAAGGGCAAGCCUCAACGCCCAGACCUCCCUCCCUCUUCAUCCUGCGACAACAGGGGGCUUUUUUUAAGGACAGAAAACACGUCCGGCGGGGAGAGAGAGGGCUUGUGCCAUUAUAGGUGUAUUUGAAACAAAACCACAAAAUAUCGUAGUCAUUUUGUCCAGAGGGGGGGACACCGCGGUCGCCGCCGAGUGCUGGGUGGAAGUUGGUCACAGGUAGUCAGAGAAACACGUUGGUCAAAGGUGAUCAGUGGAUCAGGAUGGGGAAACAGAUUUCUCUCUCUCUCUCUCUCUCUCUCUCUCUCUCUUCUUUUUCUUGUGUUUUUUUUAAAUAUUUGGUUCAGUCACGUCGCACCUGAAACUGCUUCAGCUUCGGACAGCUCAUCAAUCACUUCUGUCUUUCGGUUCAAAUCAUUUCGCCCUGUUUUCCGGCGGGCGGCGCUGUGGUCUGAACGGCGCUGUGGAGACUGGCAGGGCGUCGUAUUUUCCUGUUGUGUUUGUAGUGUAUGCACUACUAGUUUUCUUUGUUUGUCACCAUGUGAUUGUAUUUGUUGAGUAGCAUCGAGGGAGGGAAGGUUUUUUUGUUUUGUUUUGUUUUGGGUUUAUUUUAUUUUUUUUGUUUUGUUUGUUUUUUUGAUGCAUUUGGGGGUUUAAAGGUCCUUUGCCAUAUGAAUCUCGUUUUGAAUCACAUCAGACGGACUGAAUCACUGAUCAGGAAUACAAAGGGAAGGUGAUAAGGCAGUCCCAAUCAAUCGACUCAAUUGUUUACAUGCCUCACAAGCCAGCUGUAAGUCUGUAGAUUCCCCUGAAAAUGGUCCAAGUAUUAAUUGUGCCUUAUUUUGUUUGUUGCGUCAGUCCCAGCGGAGGAGGCGAGCGGAGGGAUGGAGGUGUCGGUUUUUCCCAGACUUUAGAAGAAGGCAAACGUUCUGUGAGUCGUCUGCGCACAGACUGUAAUUUUCUCCCACGUCACGAGCUUUGUAAAUAGACCGUAUGAAUUACUCAGUGUUACUGCCAUAUUUAUGUAGUCGAUGAACUCCAUAUAUGUAUAAUGCUGUGUUGUACUGGCCAAAACCCCCAUGAUUUGUUUUGUUUUGUUUUGUUUUUCUCUUUUUGUUCUUAACUUCUUUUUAAACGUGGGUGAAUUUCCAAAAAAAAAUUAAACAAAUAAAUAAAAAGAAAGGAGCGUUGGCAGAGUGCUGCAGGGCGGGACCGGGGAGCUGUUCUUGCUUUUUGGAAGACGUUGCUUAUCCUGUAAAUAUAUCUAUCAUUUUAUUAAAGCAUGUGCACCAACAAAGUGAGCUAUGCCACCGAUUCACACCACGUCGUGUAUUUAAAUGUUGGCUGUGUGUGUGUGUGCGCGUGCGUGUCCGCGUGACCGAGACAGGAAGGGAUUUGUUCAUGCAUAAUAAAUCGAUUUGGUUAAUAACUGAA